UCUAUCAGAAAUAAACUCAAAACUCUCCGAACUGUGAUCUGCGAAACUCCGCCGAUCAUCACUCGAUAAAUCGAUCUCUCAAUUACGUGCCGGAAAUAACUGUUAUCGAAAAUGGCCGCCAACUACAAGAGUUGCCCGUUGAAGAAGCGCCCCAUUGUCUUUGUGGAGGAGCGUCUGCCGCAAACGGAGGCCUUGGCCCUGACCAAGGACUCACAGUUUGCCCAGGACCAGCCACAGGAUCUCUCGCUGAAGCGUAGCCGCGAGGAGGAUUACCCACAGGAGCCGGUGGCCAAGCGUGACUAUGUGCUUAAUCUCUCCAAGACACCGGAAAGGAUUCCUGCCAUCAGCUCCAGUUGCCUGCUAUCGCCGCCCGUUGAGUCUGGUAGCCAGGAUUACCCGCAGCCCACGGACAUUCACAUGCGGGGAUUGACAGCUGGAACUACGGGUUACACCACCAGUGUCCCCGUGCCUAAUCCCUUCCAGUCUGCCUUUGUGAUGGCCGCCGGUUGCAAUCCGAUUUCGGCUUUGUGGAGCACCUAUCAACCUCAUUUGGCCGCCUUCCCAUCGCCUGCUAGCUCCAUGGCCUCACCGCAAUCCGUGUAUAGCUAUCAGCAGAUGACACCACCCUCGAGUCCGGGAUCCGAUCUGGAGACUGGAUCGGAGCCAGAGGAUCUCUCCGUGCGCAAUGACAUUCCACUGCCGGCUCUGUUCCACCUCUUUGAUGAGGCCAGGUCCACGAGCAGCGGUGCCAGUGUGAGCAGCUCCUCGGGUUACUCCUCGUACGUUCCAACCUCUGCCACCGCCACUCCGGCUGGUAACCAGACCAGUCUGGCGGCCAAGAACUACCGCUUCAAGUGCGAGGAAUGCCAAAAGAUGUACUCCACCUCGAUGGGACUGUCCAAGCACAGGCAGUUCCAUUGCCCGGCUGCAGAGUGCAACCAGGAGAAGAAGACCCACUCCUGUGAGGAAUGCGGCAAGCUGUACACCACCAUUGGAGCCCUCAAGAUGCACAUUCGCACCCACACGUUGCCCUGCAAGUGCCCCAUCUGCGGCAAGGCCUUCUCCCGUCCCUGGCUGCUUCAGGGACACAUCCGCACCCACACUGGGGAAAAGCCAUUCCAGUGCCCGGAUUGUCCACGAUCCUUUGCCGAUCGCUCCAACCUGAGGGCCCAUCAGCAGACGCAUGUGGAUGUGAAGAAAUAUGCCUGCCAAGUGUGCCACAAAUCCUUCUCGAGGAUGUCACUCCUGAACAAACACUCCAGCUCCAACUGCACCAUUACAAUUGCGUAAAAGAACUCUGGAUUUAUGGAUUUCCCGUACAAAAUACAAACAUUCCGCUGGCGAAGACCAAACAGACAGACAAUAACUAAAGCUAGCCUGUACUAAGUCGAUUCGGUUUUGGUGCUACUAUAACUAUAUAGCCCACAUUGCUAUUUAUUUCAGUCGUAGUAUUUCUAGUCUAAGAUCAUGUAUAUUUUCCCCAUUGUCACAAGCAGCA